AUGCAAGACUCAUACACUUAUUAGGUAUUUUGUAAAAAUAAUAGUAGAUUCUUAAAAAAUGCAAUGGAAAAGUCAUAAUAUAGAUUGAUGAACAAAUUUUAGACAUCAUCAAUACUCAUCUUACUAUUAAGCCUCAAUAAUAAUAAACAGAAGUACCAUACUCAAUAAAGAAACAACACAAUUUUUAAAGAAGAAUAGUGCCUUUCUUUAUGAAUUAAUUCAUGCAUUGGGCAGAAGAAAUGGGAUAUAAAUAAGUUGAUAGCUAUUUGAGAGCAAUUCAUAAAAAAAAGACAUCUAAACAAUAAAAAUUUGAGUUAGGAGACUUGAAGAAACUAUUUGGAGCAAUCAAUCCUAGAACAAAGAUAAUAUAAUUAGAAACAUAACACAAAUGGAUAGAAUUUUUAGGAACAUAAGCAGAAAUAUGUGUGCUUAUCAAUAACAAGAUUAAAGAUUAGACAACAAAACAAAUGUACAUCUAAGCUAUAGAGUAGCUUAAAGAAUAACUGCAUAAAGAAUGGCCUUAUGAUAAAUUUUUGAGUCUUUCAAAAAAGGAUGAACUCAAGGAGGACUCUAUUUAGUCUGUUAAGGAAGAAUAUUCGAGUUGUGAAGUUCCUACUGAUGAAUAUGCGCCGAUUUAUUAUCAAGAUCCAUAUUCUUAUCUUAGUUGUGCUUACAAUAACGAAUUCUGAUUUUCAUCUCAUUUAUAUUUAACAAAUUUAUGAC